CUCUCAGUGCCAUUACACUUGUGCUGUAUUGGUUAGUUUUAUACCCCAGCCUUGUGUACAUUCUAUCGAAACUCGUACAAGACGAUUACCAUAGUUUUUAUUUUUAAAUUUUGAGCCGUAUUUGUGGAAAAGCAUUCCAUGCCACAUUAAAACCCCUUUAGAGCCUAGUAUGUCAAUCAGUGAAACGUUCUAGGGCUGUUUCCUCCCAAAAAAAUAGACCAUUAUGAUUGUACCAAGUGUCCUAUAAUACGUUUAAUGGCAAGACCGUUUAUGUUUGAGAUAGGACACUUUUCACAUCAAGCACAUAAACUGAGACCAAGCUUCCACGUCAUUCCAUUGCAUAAUCCGUUAAUCAGCAGCACACCGAACUGGAAUCCCGAGAGAUUCAGUCAUGUUAGCCACAUCUGUGGAAAUUAAAGCCCAAUCAAUUAACUUCCCACUAGAAUUGAAACAAUUAUAAAAUCUCAGGCUGCCUCGGUGGACAUUCCAAAGGCUACCUGUGUUAAUACUAAAGAGCCGUUGAAUACGGCCAUCUCACGUGACUCAGCAUUUGUCAGCUUUCCUACUUACACUCUACGCACCAUAGGAGUG